UUCCCUUGGCCUGUUGGUUGUUUCUCUCUCUAGCUUUUUGCUAUUAGUAUUGGGUUUCACGGGUGUUGAUUCUCCCCUUUUUUCUUCGCAGCAAUCUGUCCUCCAACAACUUCAACUCCUGGGGUCUUCCCUUUUUAUAUUCUUCUUUCCACUAUUCGUUCUUUGUCCUAAGCUGCUUCUUCUCUCAGUCAUGCCAGCCCCUCCGCCAACUUCAAUUUCUUCUUCCCCUCUCUCUCUCCUCUGUUUUCUCACUCUGCUUCUCGUGUUCCACCACACACCAUCAAAAUGUGCAGCAGCGGCAGCAGCUAAACGAGCCCCCGCCCGCCGCCCACGCCUGCUCUCCGUGGACUACUACAACAAAACAUGCCCACACCUCGAGCAACUCGUCUCCUCCAUCACCAAUCAACAGUUCAGAGACGCACCAGUCUCUGCUCCAGCAACCCUCCGCCUCUUCUUCCAUGAUUGUUUUGUUGAAGGCUGUGAUGGGUCGAUUCUGAUAUCGACGAAGCCGGGCAGCAAAAUGGCGGCGGAGAAAGACGCAGAGGACAACAAGGGGCUGAGGGAAGAAGGGUUCGAGAGCAUCAAGAAGGCCAAGGCGUUGGUGGAGAGCAAGUGCCCUGGCGUUGUGUCUUGUGCUGACAUCCUCGCAAUUGCAGCCAGAGAUUUCAUCCACUUGGCGGGAGGGCCGUAUUACCAGGUGAAGAAGGGACGGUGGGAUGGGAAGAUAUCAAUGGCGUCUCGAGUAGGUUCCAAUCUGCCGCGAGCAAAUUCCACCGUCGAUCAGCUUCUCAAACUCUUCAAUUCCAAAGGCUUGUCAGCCGAUGACCUCGUCGUCCUCUCCGGUGCGCAUACGAUCGGAUUUGCGCAUUGUGAGAACUUCAUCAGCCGUCUCUACGACUACCGAGGCACGAAGCAACCAGAUCCGGCGAUCGACGGCAGGCUGCUGAAGGCGCUAAAAAUGUCGUGCCCUCGCUACGGCGGGAAUACGGAUAUAGUGGCGCCGUUCGACGUGACGACACCGUUCGUGUUUGAUCAUGCGUACUACGGGAAUUUGGAAGGUAAAUUGGGAUUAUUGGCUACGGAUCAAGCUCUGGUUUCGGAUAUGAGGAUGAAGACGAUGGUGCAGAAUUUGGCGAAGGAUAAGCAGAAGUUUUUUCAAGCUUUUGCGGCGGCGAUGGAGAAAAUGGGGUCGAUUGGCGUGAAAAGGGGACGAAGACAUGGGGAGAGAAGGAUUGAUUGUAGCAUUCAUCAGACUUGAUGCCUUUGAUGGCAUAUUUGAAAAUAGUCCCUUUUAUUUUUAUUUUUUUAUUUUUAGAAAUACAUGGGAGAAGGGGUGUUGCUUAUGUAAUUUUCAUUUUAGAACAGCAAUUGCUUUUAUUAAAAUUGCUAAAAAUCGCAUUACCAAUGCCAGAAGUAAUUUUGACUUUAA